AUGGAUCUCCUGCUGGGCAGCUCGGUCCAGAUCGAAGUGGCCAUCAACAGCGAGGCUGGGAAUAAGGGCAAGUCCUGGCCUGUGCUGAUGGUCGGUGACUCGUUUGACGGUUCCCUGAACGCUGCCUGCCUCGGAGUGCUCACCAGCUCGGGCUGGCCGGACAUCAUUGCUGUGAAAGAUGGCACGGGCAUCGAGUACUACCGCAACAACGAAGGCUCGUUUGGCGACAGUAGCGUCAUCAUCUCGGCCUCGCUGCAGCCGACCUGGAUCGGUGCCCUCCAGAUCUCGGUGCCGUAUCCCGGUGCGCCGUCGCAGGACCUGGUGCUGCUCGGCCACGAGACCGGCGGGCUCAAGGCGCUGGCGUGGAUGCGGAACACGUACGGCAACGGCACCGGAUUUGGUGCCCCACUUGUGGCUCUGGCAGCACAAGCACUCAGCCCGCCGAUCUUUGCCGACAUGGAUGGCGACGGGCUCGACGACAUCGUCAUCCACGGCGUCGAGACGGCCAACAACCUGCACACCGUCUGGAUCAUCCGCAACACUGGCUCCGGCGAGCUCAAGCCUCCUACCAUGGCUCAUCAGGUCCAAGAGGGCGUCACCAUCACAGCCGUCACCGCCGGCAAGUUCUCCCAAGCUGGCAAGCUGACUCUGCCGGGCCUAAUUCUCGCCACCUCGGUGAACAUUGUUCGGCUGGAGCAGAUCAGCCCGCUCCAGUUUGCCAUCCGCGAGACCAUCUCUGAUCUCGACAGUCAUCACGAAGUGGUGGCUAUGGCCACCAUUGACGAGGGCACGCUCGAGAUCGACUCGAUCGCCUUUGCCACUGCCAACCUCUCGACCGUCGCCUGGGCCCAGCGUCGCGGUAGCGGCGGCUCGUGGGUCGUUGACGUCCUUCCAGGUGAGCUGAACGGCAUUGUCCAGCUGCAGACUGGCCGGAUCUUCAACCAAGGCAGCCGUGAUAUUGUUGCCGUCACGGCUACGCGUGUUGUCGGCUACGAGGCCAUCGCCGUGCCCUCGCCGCCACCGCCGCCGGCAUCACCGCCACCGCCACCGCCGGCCCCGACGUCCCCGACCACCCCACCCCCACCGCCUCCAUCGCAUGGUGCCGGUGCACUGGUCUGGAUUAUCCUCACCGCCUGCCUUGUCAUCAUCAUCGCUGUCACGGCCCUCAUCAUUGUCCGCCGAAACCGCCGCGCCGCCUAUCUCCAUGAGUCCGCCCCGCUCAUCGACCCGCACGCCGGCUAUGAUGACUCGUACUACGCCAUCAACGCCGCUUCACGGGCAUAG